GCUGUACUUCUCCGUCUGCUGCUGACAGGCAUCCCAUCCGGGCGGGUUCCGGAGGGACGCUGUUAGAAACAAAGCGGCAGCCGCGGACAUUGUCGUGUGUGUGGCUUUCUGGCAGACACGCGUCCUAGGGCUCCUGGGUGCCCAGGUACCUGGGGGUGGAAACUGCCGGCCAAUAGGGUGCAGGACGUCCAGCCGCAAGUCCCCGAAGUGGCGAGAGCAACGUCCACUCCGCCAGCAGCCUGUGACGCCCGUCUGUCUUUAUCCUCCUCUCCCGGUCUCUGUCUGGCGCUCUCUGUCUCGUUGCGUCCCUGUCCCUCUGUGGCUCCCUCUGUCCCCACCCUCCCCCUCCCGGCCCCCAGCAAGCCUGGGGGGGGGGGGUCCCGUGUGAAUGGGCAGGGUGUGUGCCCCUCCCCCACACUUCUUCCUCCUCCCCCACAGGACCCGACACCCUCCAUGGCUCCCCUGGCCUUAGUGGGGUUUGCACUCCUCCUGGGGACGGCCCCGUGCUCGGGGGCGGCCACCCCCACCCCCUCCCUGCCACCUCCCCCGGCCAAUGACAGCGAUGCCAGCACAGGGGGCUGCCAGGGCUCCAACCGUUGCCAGCCGGGGGUGCUGCUGCCCGUUUGGGAGCCUGAUGACCCGUCGCUGGGUGACAAAGCGGCGCGGGCCGUGGUCUACUUCGUGGCCAUGGUUUACAUGUUCCUGGGCGUGUCCAUCAUCGCCGACCGCUUCAUGGCAUCCAUCGAGGUCAUCACGUCCAAGGAGAAGGAGAUCACCAUCACCAAGGCCAACGGCGAGACCAGCGUGGGCACCGUCCGCAUCUGGAACGAGACCGUGUCCAACCUCACGCUCAUGGCCCUGGGCUCCUCAGCCCCCGAGAUCCUGCUGUCGGUCAUCGAGGUCUGUGGCCACAACUUCCAGGCGGGCGAGCUGGGCCCAGGCACCAUCGUGGGCAGCGCCGCCUUCAACAUGUUUGUGGUCAUUGCCGUGUGCAUCUACGUCAUCCCAGCCGGCGAGAGCCGCAAGAUCAAGCACUUGAGAGUCUUCUUCGUCACUGCCUCUUGGAGUAUCUUCGCCUACGUCUGGCUUUAUCUUAUCCUUGCCGUCUUUUCCCCCGGCGUGGUCCAGGUGUGGGAGGCGCUGCUGACCCUCGUCUUCUUCCCGGUGUGCGUGGUGUUCGCCUGGAUGGCCGACAAGCGGCUGCUGUUCUACAAGUACGUGUACAAGCGCUACCGCACCGACCCGCGCAGCGGCAUCAUCAUCGGCGCCGAGGGCGACCCCCCCAAGAGCAUCGAGCUGGACGGCACGUUCGUGGGCGCCGAGGUGCCGGGCGAGCCGGGCGGCCUGGGCCCCGGCCCCGCCGAGGCCCGCGAGCUGGACGCCAGCCGCCGCGAGGUCAUCCAGAUCCUCAAGGACCUGAAGCAGAAGCACCCGGACAAGGACCUGGAGCAGCUGGUGGGCAUCGCCAACUACUACGCGCUGCUGCACCAGCAGAAGAGCCGCGCCUUCUACCGCAUCCAGGCCACGCGGCUGAUGACGGGCGCCGGCAACGUGCUGCGGCGACACGCGGCGGACGCCUCGCGCCGCGCCUCCCCGGCCGACGGCCCCGGCGAGGACGAGGACGACGGCGCCAGCCGCAUCUUCUUCGAGCCCAGCCUCUACCACUGCCUGGAGAACUGCGGCUCCGUGCUGCUGUCCGUCACCUGCCAGGGCGGGGAGGGCAACAGCACCUUCUACGUGGACUACCGCACCGAGGACGGCUCCGCCAAGGCCGGCUCCGACUACGAGUACAGCGAGGGCACGCUGGUGUUCAAGCCGGGCGAGACACAGAAGGAGCUGCGCAUCGGCAUCAUCGACGACGACAUCUUCGAGGAGGACGAACACUUCUUCGUGCGGCUGCUGAACCUGCGCGUGGGCGACGCGCAGGGCAUGUUCGAGCCCGACGGCGGCGGGCGGCCGAAGGGACGGCUGGUGGCGCCACUGCUGGCCACCGUCACCAUCCUGGACGACGACCACGCGGGCAUCUUCUCCUUCCAGGACCGCCUGCUGCACGUGAGCGAGUGCAUGGGCACCGUGGACGUGCGCGUCGUGCGCAGCUCGGGCGCGCGGGGCACCGUGCGCCUUCCGUACCGCACCGUGGACGGCACGGCGCGCGGCGGCGGCGUGCACUACGAGGACGCGUGCGGCGAGCUCGAGUUCGGCGACGACGAGACCAUGAAAACUCUUCAGGUAAAGAUAGUUGAUGACGAGGAAUAUGAGAAAAAGGAUAAUUUCUUCAUCGAGCUGGGCCAGCCACAGUGGCUUAAGCGAGGGAUUUCAGCUCUGCUGCUCAAUCAAGGGGAUGGGGACAGGAAGCUGACAGCCGAGGAGGAGGAGGCUCGGAGGAUAGCAGAGAUGGGCAAACCAGUUCUUGGGGAAAACCGCCGACUGGAGGUCAUCAUCGAGGAGUCAUAUGAUUUUAAGAACACGGUGGAUAAGCUCAUCAAGAAAACCAACUUGGCCUUGGUGAUUGGGACCCAUUCAUGGAGGGAACAGUUUUUAGAGGCAGUUACAGUGAGCGCAGGGGACGAGGAGGAGGAGGAGGACGGGUCCCGGGAGGAACGGCUGCCUUCCUGCUUUGACUACGUCAUGCACUUCCUGACGGUGUUCUGGAAGGUGCUCUUUGCCUGCGUGCCCCCCACGGAGUACUGCCACGGCUGGGCCUGCUUUGGCGUCUGCAUCCUGGUCAUCGGCCUGCUCACCGCCCUCAUCGGGGACCUUGCCUCGCACUUUGGCUGCACCGUCGGCCUCAAGGACUCUGUCAACGCCGUAGUCUUCGUGGCCCUGGGCACAUCCAUUCCUGACACGUUCGCCAGCAAGGUGGCGGCGCUGCAGGACCAGUGCGCGGACGCGUCCAUCGGCAACGUGACGGGCUCCAACGCGGUGAACGUGUUCCUGGGCCUGGGCGUGGCCUGGUCGGUGGCCGCCGUGUACUGGGCGGUGCAGGGCCGCCCGUUCGAGGUGCGCACCGGCACGCUGGCCUUCUCCGUCACUCUCUUCACCGUCUUCGCCUUCGUGGGCAUCGCCGUGCUGCUGUACCGGCGCCGGCCGCACAUCGGCGGCGAGCUGGGCGGCCCGCGGGGCCCCAAGCUCGCCACCACGGCGCUCUUCCUGGGCCUCUGGUUCCUGUACAUCCUCUUCGCCAGCCUCGAGGCUUACUGCCACAUCCGGGGCUUCUAGGCCCCCCUCCCCCUCCCCCAGAGACUCGGCUGCCCCUGCUUCGGACCCGCGUCUCCUUUUGUCCUCCAGAGAGAUUCGGCCUCCUCUCUCCUGGGACUCAGCCUCCCUUCCUCCUGGGAAUUAAUAUCCCUGCCCUCCGUCCCCACUAACAUCCUCGUCCCUUCCCCUCGGGGGUCUCCCCGAGAUACCCACAACUGCCGCCCAGCCCUGGUAGCCACUGCCCGCACCCCCGGGGACAUUGCCACCUCGAGGCCCCUCCCCAGAGAACCGCCCCCUACCCCUCGACCUUCUAGAGAAUCUGUAACAUCUGUCUCCCUCCACACCCAGCCUUGCCCUAUCCCUUAAGGUCCCCUUCCUCUAGAGGACGCCCCCCCCCCACCACCGCCACCACCGCCAGGGACCUGUGCCCCAGAGCCUCCGAACCCAGCCCUCCCUGGGGGACCUUUGAAGGAGGCUGAUCCAUCCCAGGAUGUCCCUGAUCUCAGCCCUUCUCCCCAACCCUCAGGGAGCUCUGUUCAGCCCCCGAGGGUGGGGCGGAGGCACAGGUAGGUGCGUGCAAAAGGGGGCCACGCCUUCCCUGAUUUCUCCACUCAGGCCCUUGGGAGGACACUAAUUCUCGAGGCUUGGAGAAGGGAGGGGAGAAGUGUGGGGUUUCGGAGCUGGAGGAGGCGCAUUUGAACCUGCAACUUCUCACAUUCCAGCGCCCCCACUCGCCUCCACUACCUCCUAGAGCCCAGCCACACCUUGG